GACAACAAAUGUCAGCAGCCCAAAAGAUUUCCUUUGGCCUCAGUUGGCAGCGUUGUGGUUUUCUGGAUGGCAGCAGAGGAGAGGGAAUCAAUGGAAGCCCGGGGAGCCGGAGAAAGCUGUCCAACCUUCCCCAAGAUGAUGCCUGCAGACCCCAUGUCUGAAGGGAGGUCAAGGCCUUCUUUGGAGGUGGAGUCCCCGAAGCCAGACUCUUCCUACGACUACUUAGAGGAGAUGGAAGCUUGCGAGGAUGGGGGUUACUUGGGGCCACCCAAGUCACUGUCCUCCAAGGCCGGUCCCACCGCUAAGGGCCAGGCAGGCGACGGAUUCGAACUUGAGGAGCUACCUACGGCCCGGGCCACCCCUGGGACCCUGGGGACCCAGCGCAACGCCGAGAUAGAGCUGGAGAAGGCCCGCAUGGAGUUCGAGCUCAAGCGCCUCAAGUACCUGCAUGAGGAGAACGGCAGCCAGCGGCAGCACGAGGAGGUGAUGGAGCAGCUGCAGCAGCAGGCCGUGCCCCGCCUGUUCUCGGGAGGCCUCCAGGACCUCCUGCUCCCCCAGAACCAGUUUGCCAUGUUCCUGUACUGCUUCGUCUUUAUACACCUAGUCUACGUCACCAAGGAGAUGGUCUUCUUCCUCUUCUCCAAGCACUACCUGUUCUGCAUCGCGGCCAUUUUGCUCUGUUUGAUUAAAACGUUAUGGUCCUACUUUCAGGUGCCUUCGCUUCCUCCAUGCUAGAGGGUAAUUCGGACAGGAUCCAAGUUGGC